AUGAUAGCAAUAGGGUUAGAAGGUUCAGCGAAUAAAUUAGGUGUCGGCAUUAUUAAGCACGAUCUUGAAACUGGUAAAGUGACUGUUUUGUCCAACAUUCGUCAUACGCAUGUUACACCUCCAGGUACUGGCUUUUUACCAAGAGAUACGGCAGCACAUCAUCGAGCACAUAUUAUCCCGGUGAUUCAGCAAGCUCUUAAAACUGCAAAUGUCAAAGUUAAGGAUGUUAAUUGUAUUUGUUAUACAAAAGGACCGGGAAUGGGUGCACCUCUUGUAUCAGUGGCUGUGGUUGCGAGAACUUUGGCAUUAUUGUGGGAGAAACCGAUAGUUGCCGUUAAUCAUUGCAUAGGGCAUAUCGAGAUGGGCAGGGAAAUUACGGGAGCCAACAAUCCAGUAGUGUUAUACGUCAGUGGUGGAAACACACAAGUAAUUGCUUAUUCGGAACAUAGGUAUAGAAUUUUCGGAGAAACAUUGGACAUAGCAGUUGGUAAUUGUCUUGACAGAUUCGCAAGAAUAUUGAAUUUGCCAAACGAUCCAAGCCCCGGUUAUAACAUUGAACAAUACGCAAAACGAGGUACCAAGUUUAUCGAAUUGCCGUACACGGUUAAAGGAAUGGAUGUUUCGUUUUCUGGAAUUUUGUCAAACAUUGAAGUGAUAGCGAAAGAGCAGCUUUCCACUGGACAGGUCACUCCCGAAGACCUUUGUUAUUCUUUACAGGAAACAUUGUUUGCAAUGCUGGUAGAAACGACCGAGCGGGCAAUGGCACAUAUUGGAAGUCAAGAAGUAUUGAUCGUAGGUGGUGUUGGAUGUAAUUUGCGAUUGCAAGAGAUGAUGGCUCAAAUGGCAGAGCAACGCAAUGGAAAGGUGUUUGCCACAGAUGAGCGGUUUUGUAUUGAUAACGGGAUAAUGAUUGCUCAUGCUGGGCUGCUUGCAUACAGGACAGGUUAUACCACAUCAUUAGAGAAAGCUACUUGUACCCAAAG